AAUCAAAAUUUCUUAUCAAAUAUGCUGAGAUAAAAUAUGCUGAGAUAAAAAAGACCCUAAAAUCAGUUGAGGUUUAGUUGCAAAAAUGCCUCCCAACGGAUUUGACGUGCAUUUGAAUCAUACAAAACAAAAGUCCUUAGAUAUCGAAGCUAAAAAAGUCGUUAAAGAAUGGUUCAUCGAAGAUGCCCUCAAUUUGAUUGGAUUUGGAAGAGUUCAGUGGGAAAUUUUGUUCGUCUCUGGUGUUCUUCUAAUGAUGGUUUUAAAUGAAUCGAUGGGAAUGAGUAUGUUAAUAAUUGCUGCCCAAUGUGAAUUCGAUAUUAACUCCCAGGAAAAAUCUAUAAUGAGUGCAGCAUGUUUUACUGGUAUUCUUUUGGCAUCAUUUGGUUGGGGAUAUCUAUCUGAUAUUUCUGGAAGGCGAACUGUUCUUAUUCGAGCUUCAACUUUAGCUGUAGUGUUUUCAUUGAUUUCAAUGUUUGUUUCUAACUUUUGGGUAUUUGUAGUGUCGCGUUUUCUAACUGGAAUCGGAAUUGCUGGAGCAUCAGCAGCUGCUUACCCUUAUUUGGGAGAAUUUAAUACAGCGAAAUACCGUCCAAUAGUUAUUAACUAUGCCAGUAUAUUUGUCGGAAUUUCUGCUAUUUAUUGUCCAGUUGUUGCAUGGUUAAUUCUUCCCCAAACAUGGACCUUUUCAAUUUUUGGAAUUUUCGAUUUCCGACCAUGGAGAUUGUUGAUACUCUUCAAUCUUUUACCUGGUUUGAUUGGUUCCAUUUGGAUUUGGACAUUACCCGAAACUCCAAAAUUAUACCUAUCUCACGGGAAAGAUGCUGAUGCUCUAAAAGUUCUCUACUGGAUAUAUGAAAGAAAUACCGGUAAACCUUCAAAAGAUUUUCAAGUUAAACGACUUAUUCCAGAAGCUGAUAAAGAUUUUAUACAAACAAUUCGUGGAAAAAAGACAACUUGGGAAAUAGCAAAAUCUAUGUGGAAACAAACUUUGCCGCUCUUCAAACCUCCACAUGCUUUAAAUUACUGCGUUUGCUGUUUUGUAAUGUUCGGUCUGUUCUUCUCGUCUUCCGGAAUGGGUCUAUGGUAUCCAGAAAUUCAAAAUCGUCUGGGAUUCGGAACAGUUGAUUCCCAAAAGACCAUCUGUGGAGUUAUAAAUCAGAAGCUUAAUGAAACAAUCGAUGAAUCAAUAGAAACUGUAUGUAAUGAUGAAAUCAGUACGAAAACGUAUAUUGAUAGUAUAACCCUGGGAGGCUCUUAUGUUGUGGCAUAUCUUCUUCUUGGCCUAAUCAUAAAUCCGUUAGGACGAAAAGCUGUAUUAUCAGGGGCUCUUGGUAUAUCUGGAGCUUGUGGUCUAGCUUUACAGUGGGUAGAUGAACCUACAGCUAUUGUAAUCUUAUUCUGUGGAUAUCUCAUGCUGUCAGGCUUGUGUGUAUCCGUUAUGAGUGGAUCUGUUGUGGAUCUUAUACCAACACAUUUAAGAGGAAAAGCUGUCUGCAUUUGUCUUAUGAUUGGAAGACUUGGAAGUGUUGUUGGUAAUAAUAUAAUCGGAGCGGCCUUGGAGACUUAUUGUGAAGUAACAUUCUACAUAUUUUCAAUACUUAUAAUUCUUUGCUCAUUAUUGACUUUGGUAUUGCCCAUCUAAAAUUAAAAACUAAAAUUAAGUCUUAAUUUUAAAUAAAAAAAAAAUAAUAAAAAUAAGUAAAAGACUUUUUUUUAAAUUA